AUGUCCACAUCGAAGGAGGCCGCGGAUCAGAGCCGAAAAUUCGGCUUUAAAGAAACGCGUGAGCAGUACCAGCAGCGGAAGAGGCAAGAAAAGCAAUUGAAAUGGACGGAAAAGUUAUCAAAAGAGGAUCUCGGAAAACUGCAAAUGGAGUUGGAGUCCUUGAAGAGAGCCCGUUUUUUGGCGCCUCAGCAAAACGAACGCAAGCGCCUUGUGCACCGCAUGAUUCGAGACCUCGAGGCAGCGGAAAAUAAGGAGCCAGAGGAGGAGACACCUGUUGUAGCCACUACGCCGUCUGCCGUAGACUCAGACUCGGAUGAAGAUAUUUUUUUUACGAAGGGCACACUCACAAAUGACGAGCACAAACGUCUUUUUAUCCCGCGCUCGAUCCGCAGGAAGCCAGAGGAGAAAAAAUGUGAGAAGACUGCUCAACAGCUUGCUGAAGAGGCGGAAAGAGAGCUUCUUGCUGCUGUGCACAACGAUGACGACCUCGAUUCAUUUCUCAAUUCUCUCAAAUGA